CAUUGACCUUGCAUGGUAGCAUUUAUACAAUAAGAUUCUGGGAAUACAAAAGAGAAUUUUAUGCCAUUUAGACUAUUGUCACCUUUUCAAUCUUCUUCUUUCAAUUCCACCCCUUCCAUUUGUCCCUCCUUUAUAAAGAUGAACUUCCAAAGAGUUCUAUAGGCUAGCACCUCAUAAAUUUGCACAAGUAUCCAAGCUUAAUUUUUUUUGUGUGAAUAUUUGGGUACUUUUCAAUGAAUGAAAACAAAAUUGAUUGUGUGGGACUGAUUCAACAAAGUCAUGGACUAACUGGUGAUUUUGAUUCUGAGUUUGGCAAUCAUUCUAACACAAUUAUGAGCAGGUUUGAGUCACCAGCUUCUGCUUUUUAUGCAGCAGAAAAUUGCAUGGGCUUCUCAGAAUAUGAUUACCAAGUUGGUAAUACUAAUCAAUCUUUGAGCUCUCAGUUAAAUAAGGUUCAUGAUUUGGAAUUCCCUUUAUAUCAAUCUCCAAGGUUAAACCUUUUCAUGAAUUCAGCAAACCAACCUGACCCUUUAUCAAACACUUUGCAAGCAAUGGUGAAAUCUCAAUUGAAUAGUAAUCAAGACAACAAAAUUUCAUGUGGGGAUUUUCCCAGUUCCAAGUUUGUUCCAAUUGAACCACAGAAGCUUUUAUAUGAUGGUGUUACUUCAGUUAGCUGGAGCUCAUCAAGUCUUAACAAAGGAAAUCAGGAUUGCAUGGCUGUUUCUGGAUCUUCAGGAAGUGUGUCAACUGCUUUUGGAAACUCUUCUUCUAAUGGAUCAGUGAUCUUGAGUAAAACGCGUAUAAGAUGGACUAAGGAUCUUCAUGAGAAGUUUGUUGAGUGUGUGAAUCGCCUUGGUGGUGCUGAUAAGGCAACACCAAAAGCAAUAUUGAAGAUGAUGGACUCAGAUGGUUUGACUAUCUACCAUAUAAAAAGUCAUUUGCAGAAAUACAGAAAUGCAAAAUUCAUGCCAGAGUCAGCUCAAGGGAUAUCUAACAAAAGAGUCCAUACAGAAGAUGUGCAUCAUCUUGAUUUCAAAACUGGCUUGCAAAUUAGAGAGGCACUUCAGCUGCAAUUAGAUACUCAAAGGCGUCUUCAUGAGCAGCUAGAGCUUCAGAGAGCAUUACAGUUGCGAAUUGAAGAACAAGGCAAGCAGCUGAAAAAAAUGUUUGACCAGCAGCAGAGGACAAGUGAUAACCUCUUGAAUACUCCAGAUAUAGCCAAUGAUGCUACAGCAAUUAGUCAUAAAGAUGUUGAAGGUUCUGUUUCUGAAGGGGCUUCAGAUUCCUUCUUUUCUUCCAAAUCCACAAAAAUAACAUAAUUUGAUAGUUACUUAUGAAUAACAUUACAGUUUUACCAAAAGUUGACUUACUCCUUGUUACAAACAGAUAAACCAGCCAUUCCAUGCAUUUUUUGUUAUGGGAAGAAAAGCAUUGUUGUAGAGCCUACAAGAUUGAUAACUUAGUAAUUAUGUACAUAAUAUAGUUUGGUUAUAUAUUUUAUAGAAUAGAAACCAAAAUGAUGCAGAAUGUCAACUGCACAAGGUGAACAUGGUUUGACUAGGUGCUCAUGGUUAGCUUCAGCCUGCAGGUAUCCAACUCAUUUCUAUGGUUUGCCAUCUACCCCAACCCAACUCCAAAUUACCCCAAUCUUUGUAUUUCUUUUCAAAAAUUUAUUCUUCUCCUUAACUUAUAAGAAGGAGCAAAUGUAUGUGUUAGUCAUUCAUCCAAUACUUGAAGCAAAUUUCAGUUAUAGAAGCCAUUUAGCAUAAGAGCAAGGUUCCCCAACUUCGUGUUCACUCGGUUUAACCAGAAAUUGGUCAUUGUGUUUUUCUCACCGGAGUAAAUUCAGUCACUUGUUUCGAAAAAACCAUUUUCAAUCAUUUUUCAAAAAUCUAACGCCAUAAAUGUGCUUGAAA